CAAAGACAUCUCUCACUCUCUCUCUCCCCCCCGCACAAGCUUCCAAAGAAAGAGAAUGAAUGGAAAGUGAGAUUUACAAGAAUUGUUGGACUUCUGGUGGGUUGAUAUUUAGAGAAGGAUAGAGCUAAUGAGAAAAACCCUUAUCCGUUGGAUGGCUUCGGUUGAUGGGAAAGUAGUCUACAAUUAUUCGCAUGGCAGAUCCGUCGUCCCAAUAUAAAACCAUCUCGACUCCGAUACACAUGUCCAUGGGUUGCGUUGAGAUAGAGGUCAGGUACAACAAGCUCAGCCAUAGUGGCUCGCCGGAGAAGUCAUCGGAGGGUUAUGCUAAAGCAAUAUGACCAUGCUUCCUGCAACUCAUCACGACCUAUCAAAACAAGAUCAGCAACAACAGACUUAUGGUGGAUUUGGCGGUGGAGCUACUGGUAUGAGCAGACUUGAAGUUGAAGGGUAUUAUUAUAAUCAGAAUAUUUGCAGGGAAUCUGAGUUAUUAGGAUCGGACAUGGGUGAGGAUGAUCAAUCCAGAAGUAACAGUGCGAGUGUAGGUGGGUGUGGUGGUUCGAAGGGGAAUCAUCAGAUUAAUCAGCAAGAGCAAGAGAAAGAUGGAGGAUGGCUUCAAUUAAGCAUAGGGUGUCAAAGAGAAGCUGACGAAUUAGGUGGUUCAUCUUCGCCGGUGGAGCUUGACCUUCUUCCCCAUUCGAAUUCCGGGCCGUGCAGGCCGCUCCUGCCGCCACCGGCACCACCUCAGCUCGGUGGUCCUGUUGCCCCGCUUUUGAAUUUUAGCUACCCACAACAACCACCGCCACAUCCUUCUCCGCCUCCUCCUCCUCCCCCUCCACCCUCUAAUCUGCUUUUUCAACAGCUUCAAUAUCCUCACAGUGCUUCAGGCUUUGCUCCUCAUCAUUCACACUCAAACUGGGCAUUGGCUCCUACUAUCCCUUUCACUAUGCCUUCCUCUUCGUCUUCUUCUUUUCCUUUGAGCUCUCAUCAUCUCGCUGUUUCCUAUUUUCCGAGGCCCUUUCACUUUCCUCCCGGCUUUCAUGAUGAUGCUUCAGCUGGUCCAAGCUCCGAUGUAAGAGUUGUUGAUCCUCCUCGCAGGCCUCAUUCCGGAAUUUGGUUCAUGCUUCAAGCGUCCCCAAAUCAUUGUGUACCUUCAAUGCAGAGCAAAAGAACCGUUCUUGCCCCAAAUACCCAAGAGCUACCUCAGAAUCAAGGAUGGAAGGAUGACGGUUCGAUUAUUGUUAAAGUAUUUGGUAGACAAGUUGAGGCUCCAAAGCGAAUCUGAGAUAGAGAUAAGAUGUAGAGGGCAACAACUUGGGCCUUUGUUGACGUUGGAGCAUGUAAGAGAUAACAUUUGGAGUCCCAUGACCCCCACUUUGCUUUCAGAUCCCUCAACCACUGAUCAUAUAAUGGUCCUCUACUACGGUAGAUGUGCUUAAUAACGCCCCUCUAUCUUGUAUCAUUGUUAACUUAUUUUUAAUUUUAAUUUCCUUCUUUCAAAAUUUCCCAA